UUUCCAACCAGUUUUCUCUACUUUUUUUGAUGGCGAACUACUCAAAUACCGAAUCACAUACCACGUGCUUCAAUUAAUGUGCAACAUAUAUAUAUUGAACAUUUUAUUUUCGUAAUAAUUUUCCCAUCCACUGUUGGGGCUUAUUAUUGCACAGAGGAAAGUAAAUAGAAUACCGAUAGGUGCACACAUAAGCCGUCUUGCUUUUGACUUUGAUUUGGCAACUUGGAAUAUGGAGAAAGAAUAAUAGGCACCAUCAAAAAGGAGAGACACUUGUCUUUCCCCUUGAAAAAAUUCGCCCAGGAUUUCCACCACUUCACAUUUUUCUCCCACUACUUUCUGCAAUUCAAUAGCACUACCAUGUCAGAUUAUUCUCAAUUCGCAUACUCAUGCAUACAAGAUCACCACCAAGAUUGCUAUGCAGAGGGAAAAGAUUCUUCGUCACGCUCUAUCCUCUUCAGAAAGGCUUCGUGCUUCAACCUUACAAGCUCAAUCUGUGGGCAGAUUAUUUUCUCUCAAGUAGCCAACGAUGUGUGAGUGCAACUCCAUUCUACGCACAUUUCUUAAGUUUCCUUGGGUAAGAAUUGAUCUGAAAGGCUUCGGGAUGGAUUUACCUGUAUUUCCUUCCUCACAGAAUAAAAGGAUACUUUUGUGCAUUUAGUUUGGCCCUAUUUUAGCUGUAUGUACACAUAUUGUGGUGAAUUUGGUACUUUUUUGUUCUUUUUUACAACAAAUUACUUUUCCACCUGGUAUAAUUGCUACCUCUCAACAGAAAGGUAUACACAUAUUUGCGUGUAAUAGUAUUUAGAUUAAAAAAAUCAGUGAUGCGACGGUAUCAUGAUGACUAUAAACAAACAUUGGUUUAGUUUCACAUCCGAUCAAACGCUGAAUAAACAUCUUUAACUGCAAGUGUUUGCACAGGAUGAGGACAGAGUUGCAACUAUGACGUCAUUCCUCGUUCUUGAAGACACUUUCCGGAUACGUCCUUUCCCCCACGGACCACAGAGUCUGUUGAAUUUAAAGUAAAGAAAUAAGAACUGUAUUAUUCAAAUACAAAACCAAUAUUUUUAUUACUUUCCCUCUUCCAUCCGCUUAUUCUCCAUGACUCUUUUCUCCGCGGUAUCACAGUCGUCGGUAGAGAUACGAGGACGACAAGAAAAUGUGAUAUGACAGCUUGCGUUUCUUUUUGGAGAACCGGAUGGUUAGUUCUACUCGAAUGUUAAAAUUGCAAUGUAGGCAAAAAGUAUAUAUUUUCAGGGUAAAAAAAUCUUUUAAAAUAAUCGGAAGGAAACUAAGCAGACCCUGCAGGGGAAUUCUGAAUCAUAUCUUUUCUUCGUGUUACGUCGUCUCUUAUUUUAUCUGGCAUAGUUCUAUGAGAGUCGAACUUAUUUAUAUAUUGCGCAUACAAAGAUCACGAGAUCAAGUGGCACAGUUUUUUUUCAUUUUAUUUUAAAAUUACAAUUAAGAUACAUUUUACUUGAAAAUAUAUAUAAAAGUAGGUGUAUUUUUAUAUGUGGUCCUCCUGUUGAAACCUUAUCUUCAUUUACACACAUUUUGAGACCAGAGCUUUUACCACAGUAUCUUUUUUCAAGUUUUCUACACAAUGAUAUUAAUGGUAAAAGGGCCAGUACAAAGUGACACAGGUUUUUUUGCAGCAAGUUCAGCAUGAUCUUUAUUUUUCUUUCUCUUUGUCAUACUUUCUUGAUGUUGAGAGUUGACUAUGUUAUCAUGCCAUGGUUCUGACACUGAUACAACAUGUCACGAAAUAAAGAGACAUUAACCUUAUCAAAUAACGGUUGCAAACACAUUUCACUUCUCAGCGGAAACUUUUUCAGGAGUUGAGAACAGAUAAGGUUAUUGUGCUCCUCUUGGUACUGUAUGAAACUCAUUUUACUGGAAGGAAGCUCUUGUUUUUUAUGCAUGAAAAGAAGGUUGUUGUUUGCUCUCCUCGGCAGAUGAACCUUUUUCAUUCCUUCUUAUGGGGUAUUGAACAGUGAAGUGUAUAUAACAGAAUAUCUCUCUGAUGCACGGCUGAAGACGUCGGCAGCUCAAAAGGGUAGCAGCGAAGGUAUAAAGGAGUCGAAGUCAAACAGGGGAAUGGGAUGUGGCAUGAAAAGUGAAGAUAUAUAAACAAUGGAAGGUGCCGACGUAAUUUAUUCUUCCCAAAAAAUGCCGAGAAAUACAAAAGAUCUCAAACUACUUGUGUUUUCUCUUUGUCUUUUCUUUUUAUUUCCCAGCUCAACUUUCCUCUUGUAUCUACGCAGCUCAAAUGCGAGAAUCGCGAAUCGUCCUCAGAAAAUCAGAGUCUUUUCGCUGCAUCUCUUUUCUGGUGUGCGUCACGUUGGCAGUGUCUUUUGGUCUUUGCGUAACCAUUUUUAACACACAAAGUUGAAAGGAUUUAGCAACAUUUCUUGGGAUAAUUUUUGCAGAGAUUUUAAAAUCGCUAAAAAUGUAUAUUUUUAUUUAGUCCUUCAAUAUUAAGUACUAAAUUUAGUUACAUUAUGUAAAGUACAGAUCUACGUUUUAUUAGUUAUCUCGCAGACUUAAUUAAUUCUAAAUUGAUGAGUGCACACGACAGGUCGUAAGAUUCCUAUCCCAUCACAACGUUACGAAAUAAUUAUACCAAGAAAACCUUUCUAAGCAAUUUGUAAGGAUUAAGGAGUACGUAACUCCCCAACAUCUUCUCAAUUUGGUCUCCACCCCUCUUGAGGGCAACGAGGGGGCACCCUGCAGCGACGGAAAAUUACUCUCCCUUCAGGAGAAUGUGUGGACAGCAAUGCGAAAUUCACUCAUGCACUCUCCGCAAUUUGCUCCUGCGUUCAAUUAUUAAUGUCUGUGGCAUUUAUGCAAAAUGGAAGAAUGGUGCAACGUGAACUGCUUAGAUUGCUCUCACCGCUUCCGAGGAUCCAGUUUGUGUUCGCCCACGCAAAGUGAGACAAAUGUAAAGAGUGAGCUUAAUGUCACUUUUGUGAAUUAACCUUUCAGCAGAGAGACGAAAUAAAAGGCGACGGACGAGUAGCAACGCCGUUUGGAAGAUCUGAACCAAGUGGGCCUGUCGUACCCGAUCAAACUCCUUCAACGAAGAAAUUUACAAGCCAACUUGUGAUUUCCCUAGAGGACUGAAUGCUCAGUGAUUUCAUCCCGAGGAAAUUUUCCAGUGAAACCCACAGGACGUAAAGAACGAAGAAGACCCCGUUGAAAGGCUGCUGCGAAUGGUGCCAAAUGGCUGAACAAAGGCACUCCUACCUCUUUUCAACGCCAACAACCACCACUUUCUCCCCAAGCCCCAUACUCUGUCGACGUGGUCCUUGGGGUGGCGGUGGCGACGACGACGGUGACAAUGGAACUCCUUCUUGUACCAAAGUUACCACGAAGAGGAGAGUGACAAGAAGACUGAGCUCAAAUAAAUCCGCAUCAUAUUAUUCGUCAGCGAUAACCAUGCCGCUUUUCCUUGUUUUUCUGGUCAUGAUUGAGCUGUCGCUGGCAACUCCUGCGUUUGGAAUGGCGCAGCAACACUUUAGAAGAACCCCGGACAAUCAAACUGCAACCGUGGGCGACAUGGUCACCCUCGCCUGUUCCGUCAUCAACAAGUCCGGAGUGCUACAGUGGACAAGGGAUGGAUUUGGACUCGGCACUGAACGAAACCUUGUUGGUUAUGAAAGAUAUCGAAUGCAGGGAAGUGAAGAAGAAGGAGAUUAUACCCUCGUAAUAGACGAAGUGACUCUAGAAGACGACGCAAUAUUUCAGUGCCAAGUGGGGCCAGGUCCUCCUGACUCUGGGGUACGAGAACUCAGAUCAGCCGAUGCUAAACUCACGAUAGACGUACCCACAGGAUCGCCACAAAUUUUACAGGGUGACUUUCUUCAAACGACUGAGGAUCGAGAGAUUCAACUGGAAUGCAUUUCACGCGCAGGGAAGCCUCCUGCUGAGAUCACAUGGAUUGACGGGAGUGGACAGGAGAUCAAAACUGGCGUGGAACCGAUAAAAGAGCCAUUGGACGACGGCAAGCGUUUCAAUAGUCGCUCCAUCUUAAAAUUCCAACCAAAGAAGGAGCAUCAUAACAAAACAUUUACUUGUCAAGCUCACAAUCGCCCUGCCAAAGAAGUGAUGAGUGUUUCCAUCCGGUUGGAAGUGAAGUACGCUCCGAAAGUGACGGUGAAGAUCCAGUCGCCCAAAACAUUUGAGCAUGACACCGUUCGAGUUUCCUGUAAGGCAGACGCCAAUCCUCCCGAUAUGAUAUUCAGAUGGUUCCGGAACGACCAAGUCAUUGCUGGAGAUCACGGAACCCUUCUCGUCCUGCACAACGUGUCAAGGAAGCUGGAUGACUCCAUCAUCAAAUGUGAGGUGCAAAAUUCUGUGGGAAAAUCAGAAGAGUCGGAGACGCUUGAAGUAUUUUAUGGCCCAGUGUUUCGCAAACGACCACAGAACAUGGAGGGAGACCUUGGGAGCACGAUCACCCUAAAUUGUGACGUAGAUGGGAAUCCAGCACCUGAAAUAGUUUGGUUUCACGAACCAACGAGGAAUGCUGUGAGCACAUCACCCAAUCACACGGUCACUGUGACAGAGGACACUCAAGGAAAGUAUGUCUGCCAAGCCGUGGUGCAAGGAUUUCCUCAAAUCUCUGCUAUAGCCACCGUCUCCCUCAAAGGACCUCCGCGCAUUGAGUCGCACCGUGUUCAGUACGGCACCAUGGGUGACACGAUUCGUCUCGAAUGCCUCGCACGCUCAAUUCCAAAACCAGAUAGAAUAACUUGGACUCAUCUUGGAAGAGAAAUUGAUAACAAUGACUCGGACUAUUCCAUCCUGGAGGACCCUACGCCAUUCGGAGUGCGAAGUAUUCUGGUCAUCCGCUCUUCUCAGGAGAAGGAUUUCGGAAGAAUUUACAACUGCUCCGUCACAAACCCGUACGGAACUCAUAUGAUGGAAAUCUACCUCUUCAAACAAAGGAAUUUUUUUUGGUUUGCGACAGAAGGGGCGCAGUUGAUGUGGAUCCUCACCUUCGUCAUCGGUGGAGUCGUUCUCAUUGUUGCCGUCACAAUGAUCACCUUGCUCUGCCAAAGGAAAGCUGUGAAGCCAGAUUUGAUGGAAAUCGACAGAGUAGAAAAACAAACAAAGCAAUCGGACUCCUCCAAUGACUCUGAUCUGAAAGUUGAGAUACGCACAGCUUCAUCUUUAUCAAAUAUUCCAGAACAUGACUCGGAGCACUGGGAUGAAGGCUCGGAUGCCCUAAAAAAUGAGUCCAUCUACAGAUAUUCCGACUAUAUCGAUCCUGUCUUCCCUCCGAAACAUGACGGUCAUAAUAACAAUGGUUAUGUGCCGUAUGUGGAUUAUGCCCGUGACUACAACCCAAACCACACCCGUACCUACAACACGAUUAACCACCCUCCCCCCCACAUGCCAAACAAUCACAUAGUAACCAGUCCGCAGCAUCAAUACUUGAACAAUGUCGACCCACGAUACUCUGCCACGUAUGGUAAUCCUUACCUCCGAACAUCCAACAGCUCCCUACCACCCCCACACUCUGGGGGCCAGUCUCCAAACUCACAUCCUCUCGCCCAGUUUAGCCACACAGCAAUGCACAACAACCACAGUUCCAACAACCUGCUGAACAACCACGUGGGUGUGUCCCAUCACCUCAUGAACAACCAUCACGGGAGCAACCAUCUAAUCACACCCACAACCUCUGCUGCCGCCGCUGGUCAACCCCCCUACACGACGACUACUGCCAUUAAUAAUGUCACGUUAGCCAAUGGUUCUACGUCCCCACACACGCAUAACAACCCUCUGAGUAAUUCUACUAAUCCAUACGGGAUGAGAAAUGGGGGUGUGUCGCAUCAUCCCUCAGCAGCAGCAUCGUCGAGGGGGUCGUCCACCCCCUCCCCUCAGUACAUUGUUCCUGCGCAAUCUCAGCUCAAGCCAGGAACCCUGGCCACUCAUGUUUAAUUUUAGUCUAUGUAUUAUACCAAUUAGUACAUACAAUGACAUUGUGAAACUUCAAAAGUAAGCUUAUCUAAUACGAUACAAUAUACAUAUGCAUAAAUAUAUAUCACGUCGAAUUAUGAAGUCAAGCAUAUCUUAUGAUGAGAAAAAUCAAAAUUCUACGGACUUUAUUCAACGAUGAAUUUUACCGAGUCCUCUGAAAUGAUAUACAUCCUCCAUUUGACAGCCUCGUUCCGUUCAUCGAGUGUCGUCUCUUCCAGAACUGAAUUUCAUAAAAAAUAUGAUGGUCACUCGUCUUUUUUAAGAAUUAAAAAAACUAGGAAAAUUAAUUAGGCCAUGAUUUACUUUGAUUAUUUAUGUGUUGGGGGGACAAACCAACCUUAUGAAAAAUUUAAUUUAUGUCAUAUGUAUGUACCUUCUUAACUCUAUCUUCUUUGGUCUUUGUUGCCAACUACUUAUAAAUAAAUAUUAACCACUGUAAUGAUGUAUACAUUACAGAUAAUUAUUUAUUUCCACGCAGUUUAUAUAUGUCUAAUAUUAUUGCGAUAAAACACAUUUUUUACUCUUACAUAAAUCAAUGUAAAUUCCCUUGUACGUAAGUAUUCAGGCAAUUUCAAUAUCCGUAAUAUUGAAAUUGCAAAGUUAUAUAUGUAGGUCGAUGUGUAUACUAUUUUAUUACUGCUCCAGUGUACAACCGCUUAAUUAGUUACAAUGUCUUAAGUUUUUAUACGAAUUCAUAACUGAAAUUUUUGGAUCGAAACGAAAUUGAAUUUACGUGUAUCGAUUUUGUACAUAUCUAACUACAAAUAUAAUACUUGCUUAAAUAUAUUAAUUGUCAUGUGCAACGUGGAUAGAAAAUGUAGUGCAAUACGCAGUCAAACUCUAGUUAGGGAAAUCUUUAGUGUAGUAAAUAUGUACUUCAAAUUCAUAAAGUCUCCCAUUUUACGAAGCACGAUGACAUCGGUGUUCAGCGCAGGAAUUCUACCUACAAGAUAUAAAAGUAUUUUAAACAAAGGAAAGCAACUCUUUCUUCUCUCUCGGCCAAAUGUUGAAUACUAAAGGAAAAUGUGAAACAUUCUCCCAGUGCUUUUACUGUAGCUUACUAACAUAAAUUUAGAGUCAUUUACAUAUAUGCCGAGUUUAUUUUGCAUUAUACGUAUUUUUGGAAAUUUUUAACAGUUAAGCUUUAUAGUUUAUAAAAUUUAAAUUGACUCGAGUACUAUUUUCAACAUGUACUUAACUUUAGAAUUCUAUAUUGCUCAUUUAGUAAUUUAUUAUUUAACUUAUCAUCCUGCGUAUUACUUAUGUUUAUGAUCAAUGCAUCUAACUAAGGACAUAUCAAUGCAAUUGUAAAUUAGAAUUUAUAUGUGUAAUUUAAUUUUAGUCCUUGAUUAAUUCUUUACUCUUCUUACUCUAUAUGUAAUUCAGUUUAAACCAGCAUACACAUAUGUGUUCAGUCUUAUUCUUAAAUUUUUACAUUUUGGCAACUUAUGUAAUCGCUCGAGUAAGAUCUUUGUUUUAAAAAAAUGUAAUGAUACGGUUUUAAAGCAUAUUGUAUGUGCGUAGUGGAUUCUAGUAGAUGCACGCAUAAGUGAACAAAUAGCUUUAUGAAUUUUAUAUGUAAACGUAAAUACGUGUUAAUGUUUUGUAAUAUAAAUCUUCAUAAAUGUGAAUCUAAUCGAGACAAAGAUAUGUAAUUGUAAAUAUGCAAAGUAGUUAAAUGCAGUGUAGUACACACAUGAUAUUAUAUAUUAUAUUACUUAUCAAGGAAGGUAAAUUUUAAUUUAGCCUUACGUAGAAAUAAAAUAUGCAUGCUAUCUGAAAAUUUGUAAUUAAAUUAAAUAUGUAACGUAUCAUGUUAUCUGUAUCAUAAAUGUUAUGAUAUAAAAUCUCGUGGAAAAUUAA